AUGGCCUUCAUCAAAGGAAGGCAGAUAAUGGAUACAGUGAUGAUAGCGAAUGAACUGUUGAAUUCAAGAGUAAAGAGCAACCAACCUGGUAUCCUAUGCAAACUUGACAUUCAGAAAGCAUAUAAUCACUUGAAUUGGAGCUUUCUUGUGAAUAUAGUACUGAAGAUGGGGUUUGGGACAAGAUGGAUAAAAUGGAUCAAGCAAUGUAUCAGCACAGUCAGAUUUUCAGUUCUGAUUAAUAGAAACCCCAAUGGUUUCUUCCCUUCUCAGAAGGGUUUGAGGCAAUGGGAUCCUCUUUCUCCUUUCUUGUUCAUACUAGCAAUGGAAGGAUUGAGCAAUCUCAUCAAUACAGUAAAAUCUAAGGGGUUGAUCAGAGGAUUUCAAGUAGAGAACAGGGCGGAGAACAACCUAGAGAUCACACAUUUGCAGUAUGCAAAUGACACUCUUUCAGGGUUACACAUCAAUUGGGAUAAAAGUUACAUUUACCCCAUCAAUGAAGUAACAGAGAUUGAAGAACUGCCUGACACUUUGGGGGGACAAGUUACCCACAACUUACCUGGGAAUGCCUCAAGUAGCAAAAAGCAAAUCAAAGGGAAUUUGGAGCGGAGUGAUAGAGAAGUGCGAAAGAAGAGAAUUUUUUUAUGGAAGGAAGUGAUCAUUUCCAAAUAUGGCAUAGAGGAUAAGUGGAUGACAGUAAGGGUAGAUUGGCCAUAUGGAUCCAGCGUAUGGAGGUCCAAUAGGAGUUUAUGGGAUAUAGUGUUAGAAAGAUCAAGCUUCAAAGUUGGAAACGGCAGAAAGAGUUCCUUUUGGAAAGACAGAUGGUGUGGCCAGUACUCAUUGAGCCGAAUGUUCCCCGAUCUUUAUAAUCUAUGCCAACUGCAGCAAGCAACAGUAGCUGAAUUGUGGACUGGCCAGGGAUGGAACUUACAUUUCAGGAGAAACCUGAACGAUUGGGAGAUAAGCUGGAUAGCAGAAUUCUAUGUCACAAUUGCACAAAUCAACAAUCUAUCUGGGGAAGAGGACUCAAUG